AUGAACCAGUUUUUUGUCUCGUCACCGCAACAUCUUCAUCAUCAGAACCAUAAUAACAAUAACGGUCGUAUGGAAUUACUGCCAAGUAUUAACAAUGGGAAUGAUCCGAGUAAUGAUAUCAAUUCCAAACCAACCACACAAUUAACUUCAACCACUGCUACACCCAAAGGUCCACUAAAAGCCUUGGAUGAAAGUCGAAUUAAAGUGAUCACGGAAAAACAUUUGAUAGGACAUCAUACCUACGAAAUAUUUGACUUUGGAUUAGUAGAUCCGAUCGGAUCCUUUAGUGAAUCAUCCAUUCCGAUUACAUUACUGAAAGAUUUAAUUUAUUGCAAGUACAAAAUUCAUCCCGAAAACCAAAAACUGUGGCUCUUUGUAACAAGAACAAACGGAACCUAUCGACCGUUUGAUACACUAGACAAGGAAUAUUUCGAUCAUUUCUUUUAUGAGCGAGAAUAUGCAAUAUUUGUGGAGCAAGUUGCUGGUCAACAACCUCCAGAAAAAAAAGCAUAUUUCUAUAUUCGUAAAAUACUAUGA